AUGCAGGCAGGACUCUCUGAAGACUUCGGUGCAGGUGAGCCUGCGGACAGGAUUGCAGCAGGCAGAUAUCGAACUUGCGUGUGCACCAGUGCGCACGGCCUUGCAGUGUUCGGGGAAGCAUUGGAUACACCCGGACUUGGCAACCACAUCAAGGCGGUUGCCUGCGGAGCCUUCCACCUUUGCGUCUUGCUCGAGGAAGGGAGUCUGCAAUGCUACGGGAGCAAUAGCUGCCAACAAUGCGAGGUUCCUGCAGACCUGCGCGAGGUGGUGAUGGUGGCGGCAGGGGACCAACACACCUGCGCAGUAACUUCCAUUGGAGAUCUGGUUUGUUUUGGCGAGGACCACGUCGGACAGUGCAGAGUCCCACCAGACUUGGGCCCCAUCGGUGCUGUGAGUGCCGGGACCUUCCACACCUGCGCGAUGACAGUUGACAGGCGGCUGGCAUGUUUUGGCAGCAGCCGCUUCGGACAGUGUGAGCCUCCGGAGCAGUUUGCGCAUCAAGGGUCUGUCAUAGCUGUUGCAGCCGGGGGCAAACAUACCUGCGUCAUCGAGAGCGGAAGCAGACAUUUGGUGUGUUUUGGGGACGACACUUACGGUCAGUGCAGCGUUCCUGAUAACCUUGGGCCUGUGCUGAUGAUUGCAGCGGGACUUCGGCACACCUGUGCAAUAACAGACAGCCAUGAGCUGGUUUGCUUCGGAGACGACUUCUUUGGCCAGUGCUCUGUCCCAGAGGACGUGGGCAUUGUGGCUGCAGUGCAGGCGGGAGCUUACCACACGUGUGCAGUGAGGCUGGAUGGUUGUAGCAUGGCGUAG